ACAAUGGGAUUCCGUACCUUCUCGAGCUUCCGAUUUCUGAAUUUCUCCUCCGUUUCGUUCCAAUCGCACUCCGAUUCAUCGGCCUUGGAUCAAGAUCAACCGCCGCCGCCGGUCGAUUCUGUGAGCGCGCAACGAUAAGCCUGCCAUGGAGUUGUCCAGUUCCAUCGCGUCCACGGAGGCGGUGGCGCAGGCGCGGCUGCUCCGGCCGCCGUCAUUUCGCCGGCCGGGGCCGGCGGGAUUCGUGACUUGUAGGAGUUAUGCUACAAGAAGCAAACUGAUGAGGCAGAUGCCUCCGGCCCUUGGUACCUUCCGGCCUGCGUCUCCUCACUACCCAAGUUUUCAAGACACAAACAGCAAAAAGCGAAAUGUUCCUUGCUAUCAGAGACAACAAACCUCACAGAUUGAAGCCAAGUCAAUGGAGGAGGUAUAUGACACUUUGGCUGAACACCUUCUUUCUGUCUUGAAGAAUAUCGAACAUCUUGAUUCAAAAUACAUUGUUGGCCUAGCUGGCCCACCUGGUGCAGGCAAGUCCACAGUUGCCUCUGAAGUUGUUCGACGUGUUAAUAUGCUUUGGUCCCAGAAGCAUGCAAAGGGUAGUGGAGCACUGCUUCCUACCGAGGAAAUUGCUGCAAUGCUUCCAAUGGAUGGUUUCCACCUUUAUCGUGCCCAACUCGAUGCAAUGGAGGAUCCAAAAGAAGCACAUGCAAGAAGAGGAGCACCUUGGACAUUCAAUCCAGCACUGUUUCUGAAAUGUCUACAGACCCUAAGAACAGAGGGUUCAGUUUAUGCUCCAUCGUUUGAUCAUGGUGUUGGCGACCCAGUUGAGAAAGACAUAUUUGUUAAGCCACAGCACAAAAUAGUGAUAGUUGAAGGGAACUAUCUAUUGCUGGAAGAAGAUGUUUGGACUGAAAUUAGGGACUUGUUUGAUGAGAAAUGGUUCAUUGACAUUGACAUUGAUGUCUCCAUGCAAAGAGUGCUCAAGAGACAUAUUGCCACAGGAAAAGAGCCAGAUGUAGCAGCAUGGCGGAUCUCGUACAACGACCGACCGAAUGCAGAGCUUAUCCUGGAAUCAAGGAAGAAUGCUGACCUUGUGAUCAGAUCAGUGGACUUUUCAAGCUAGAGUCCAGUUCUUUGAUAGGAAAUAGGAUUUGUGGUUCUACUAUUUUUGAGAUAGGCUGUUAUAGGCUGUUUCCAUGGAGAUUCUUGUGCAUAUAAUAAGCUGAAUGCUCGUUUCCAAUUUUCCAUGGUCAUUGUAUAGCAGAUGGCUUUUCUAGGAUGAUACAUAAAGCCCAAGCAAAUAAUUUCUUCACUGGUUUGGUGGAUCACAUCA